UGCAGAGCCGUUGAAAACUUCAUCAGUUCAACCCACCGCUUUGACCCUUAAUCGUUAACAAACAGCUGCUUCCGGAGUGAAUCGUCCAAGGCGCAGCACUCCGAUAAUCCAUCGAAGAACAGAACAGAACAGAACAGUGACGGUGGCCAUGGACCAUGGUUUACACAGCCUUCAAGCUGUCUUGAAGUUGGGCUACAGUAGUCGAUCCUGUAGAUUGUCGUCUGUAAUGUGGUGACUUUGAAACUGGUGUUUCAGUUCGUUUCUAUAACUAUAAGCAACAUUGCGCUUUGUGUUUGAAAUCAUUAUGGCAAUUUUUGAUGACACUGCUUGGCUUCUGUCGCACAUACAAAAUUCUUAUGCUACCAGCGAUGACAGCGGUCUGAGUGAAAUCAUCUUGCAAGGAGACUGGCCCAUUGAGAAGCUCACAGAUUAUCCUACCUUGUACUCAGAUUCAGUCUUGAUCAACCAAAAAAAUGAGGAUGAAGAGUUUCAACCUCAUUCUCUGGAUGUGCAUUCAGAGCAAGCUUACAUCAGUCACCGAUUUCGAUCUGACACUGAACAUAGACUUCAAAAAUUGAAAAAAGAAAAGACAUUGCAAAGUAAAAUACAGCGCAUCACAUGGACAACAAAUGAAGCACCUCUCUCAGAAAGUGAAGCAGAGGAAUUGUUUGGUCAAAAGCCAGUUAAGCCGCCACAAGCCCACCAACAGUCACUCUUAUCACGUCUCUUGGAAGAAGGAGACAAACUUGCACAGAAUCCAUAUUCUGAAUAUGCCAAGUGGGAUGCAUCUACUGAUGUCAACUUAGCCACAAAACGCCUUAGCAUCUAUGUGUACAGUAGUCGUGAAGGUCCGCCUCCUGAGUUCCCUGUGCCUGUAGUAGUGAGCACAGCUGCUCGAGUCAUAGAUGUUAUUGGUCUCACCUGCUACCUCUACACACGAGACAACUUAUCUCCUCCUCUGCAGCUGCCUGUAAAUGCAUACAGCCUCCGUAUUGCUGAUGAAGAUGGCAGCGUGGACUGGGAGUUCAUGCCUCUUGUACACUCGCACACCAUUGAUAAAUUUGGCUUCAAGGUGUUGGCUGUGGCUCAGGAGGUCCAGCUAUUGCAGGAACUGCAGGAUUGGCCUGUCACCGUCACAGUACACAUCUCAGGAGGGGUGUUUAGUCUCAUUGAAUGUGAAAGCAAGAACAUCACGUUGAGAGAGGUAUUACAACGAACCAUUGCCAAGCGCAGGGAGAUGGCCAAAGUUAUUGAGGCCGGUGUUCAGUACCAUAUGGAGAAAGACUCCGACGCCCCAGGCAAGGCUCUGGACUUGGAGAAAACCAUCGCUGAAGUUGAUUCACUCAAUUUUCACGCUGUCAGGGACAACAGUGAGUCUUUGCUCAUUUUCCUGCCUAGUUAUCGAAAGAUAUAUUCCCAAUCGUAG